AUGCUGUCGUCAGUGCGACGCCCCACUGUGGAAACGUGUCAGCCCACUGGACCUUUCCUUAAUUUUCCUGGCCAGUGUGAGCUAGAGAUUGCCCUGGUGCGCUGGAUCCAAAGCGUGCCCUAUUUCCAAGGCAUCGAUAUCGUCAGCGACAUUCUCCACCCGUCGAAACUUCUAUUCCUCAGUGUCCCGCUCGUCGCUUUCUGCGGAGGUACCUACUUUCCGAUUUUGGAUUUAGAUUGUCGUGUUUGUUUGUAACUACCGGUCGUAGGCUCAUCGGACUAUUUAUUAGGGAAGCGAUGAGGAUGUACUGGCGACUCGUCGUAAAGCGGCUCUUACGAAACUUCUCAAAGGUCCAUCGUGAGAUUAGAAUUUUGCAUAUUGUAAGACGGAUACAGAAAACACACUUCUUUUGUUCUGUGCGAACAAAACGUCAAAUCUUCCAGGUCGCUCUCGCUUCCUGCACGUCUGCCUGCUGGCGUCGGCCCAGAGCGCCGACGUUGCGCAGUAUUUGCUGAAGCAGUCGUGUGCAGGGGAUCGCCCGUUUUGGGUGCAGGGCGCCGAGGACUUGCAACAGUUCCCAACCACAACCUGCGAAUCUGGCUAUGGUUUUCCAAGUGGCCACAACACUGUCCUGGCGGCUGUUUUAAGUGGUCUACUCUGUUUCUUUCCUCGCAGAAACUUCAAUGUAGAGGAUGUAGACAUUAAUCCUCGUAGCGAAGGAACACACGGUGCCAGUGCUGGUCAAGAAGACGGAGAUAGUACUCUAUCGACUUCUGGUGUGGAAGGCCAGCUAAAGGUGGCCGAGGGCGGUGAUGUGAUGUUUGAAAUAUCAUCCGCCAAGGAGAAUGAGCGAACAAACGGAGAAGAAAUUGCGCUGGCAGCGGUCUCGGUUUGCGUCAUGUCGAUGAUCAUCAGUACUAAAUUAUAUACCAUCUUGCAGUAUGAAUCUUACAGUUGUAAUGGUACUGACAUCCGCAUACUUAUUUAUAACUAAUUCAAAUGUUUUUUUCGAUGUACAUACAGGUAUGUGUCGUUACAAAGCUGGUUGCGCAAUGUCACUCUACCUUCUUCUGAGUCUGAUCCUCACCUCAGGUCGGCCCUACGCGAGCGCCCACUUUGUGAGCCACUGUGUGGUCGGUGCCGCCUUUGGUUUGUGCGCGCCCCUGAUUUUUCACCGCGUGGUUAGUUUGUUGGCCUAUAUUGGACAAGCAAGACGGUCUUUCACCGUAUUCCAAGAAAUCUGUUGCACCCUAUUCCUGCUCUCGUUCAUUCCCUUGGUAAUGGCGCUCCAGAAACUGACGAUUUGGGUGAAUCGAGAGCUGCUCGAUCAUGACGUUUUCCGCAGUGUGGCGCUAGCGCGGCCAGGAUGCCGCACAUCGAGAGGUCCUCUGGUUGGAUCCGUCUACCACGGUCCUGUCUACGAGGUGGCCGGAACCGCCUUGUACUUUGCUUUUUGCUUGGGUCACCGAAGUUGGCUGCUGCCUGCGAGCUGGCGACGGAAGUGUGCGGGUGUCAUCAGCCGAGCACAGCGCUAUGCAAAGCGUCCCAGUGACAAUGUGGACGUACUAGAUGCUGGCUCGUCCUUAGUAGUUGAGGAUGAUAACAUUUCAAGCAGGGCUUGUGCUCCUGCAAACCUCGAAGCCAGCACCAUGCACUCAAAGACGUCGAAGGGAACUAAAUCGUCUACCAUGUUGCAGACAAAGACGGCGAAGGGAGCUGCAAAAAAUGAUUCAUCAUUAGAAGACUCUUGUUCGACCACCGACAUAAUGGGAUCCUCUUCCUCAUCCACCGACCACGUCUCGACUUCCUCUUCUCGUGACAGCGCACCCUUUGACAUCCGAAAGCGCACGUCCUCGUUCACAGGCCAAGCAACUACUUCUGGCUCCAUUGGAAAGACAGCAAGUUUGACCUCUCAACUACAAACCGCCAUGAAGACUUUAGUGGGUAAACGACGUUCUUCAGUCGAACGCGACGGCGACGUGGACCUUGACAGCAGCGAAGAUCAAAUAUUAAGGCUGAAAAUGACUCAUCUUGACAGAGUACUUGUUUCAGUUGAACUGUUUCCUUCUCGGAUUCUGAGACUCUUCACGUCGAAGAUGAAUUCUUGUGAGCUCUAAAAGUAGGAGAGGCAGCAGCUGUCACUGAUGGUGCUGCUGCAUCUUCUUCGAAAGUAGUCGCAUCAUCUAGUACAGCGUCAUCUGUACAGGAUACUACUUUUCUAUCGUCGAAGCUUAAGGUGGCUGCAAUGCAAAAGGGCACGUCAUCUUCCUCGUCGCCGGUUUCAGCCAAGACCAUGAAGAGCGCGGCUAACACGAGUAAGCAGGAAAUCAAUGCUCGAGGACGCGCAAAAGGAGCGCAGAGCAAACGGGCGCGCAGUCGGAACGCUACACCAGGGCCUCAGAGACGUCGCAGCCUUACAGAAAAGGACUCCUCAAACCGUCAGUCAACAGCUGAACUGGAUGAUCUCACAGGCGCAACUGCGUCUAGUGAAACUAGUAGUGCUAGUAAGACAGGGAGCAACUACAAAGAACAGGAAGUAGCUCUGAUUACUGGAGAAGUGGCGAUCAGUCCGACAGAGUUUCUUUUCGCAUUGCUGGUGGGAACAGGUAUUUUUGGGCGACAUUUGCCAGGACGAAUUGUGGGUGGUUUUCUCAGAUUAGUGAUUUACGCUCUGUUGCUAGGCCUUUUAGAUGCUGCGAUCAACCACGUGCCUUUAGGCAAAGAACUAAGGCCCUCGCUUUUCAUCUUUGUGUCCUUAUGGCUGAUUUGAGCCAAGCUAUUACUUAUAGAUCAGGAGCUUGUUUUGCUUUUGAUAUGUUGUCGCUCGAAAUUUCUAUGUUGCAGGUUUGAUUUUUACAUCUCGUGUAGCACAAAGGAUGGAGAUGACUAUGUCUUCAGGCUGAAUAACUAUGGUUCUCUAAGGAAGGCAUGAAAUGAACAGAAUUAAAGACUUGGUUUUUUAGACGUACUUACAAGAGUGCCAG